CACGGUUCACCAAAUCAUUUUGCGUGUGUGUCACAGAGUAACCUCAUCACACUCUCAGAUAUAAUCCUGAAAAAGACAAAACUGACCUUGAGAACAGUGUGAUGCAGAAGAAAAUUAAAAUCCCCAAACUCUCUCUCAAUCACGUAGAAGAAGCUGGGGAGGUUACAGAUUAUGGGGAAGAAGAUGUGGAGCUUAGACACAGUAAGAGACACGAUGGGAGGAAACAAAACGAAGGUACACACAAAAGUAUUGAAGCAGUUGUUGCUCGCCUUGAAAAACAAAAUGGGAUGAGUCUCAGUAACACUUCCAGCCCCGAGGAAGCUUUUAUGGAGACCUCAGAAGGCAUGAACAACAUGGACGAUGCUGUAGUUCCUCGCGUCCUGUACGAAGAACUGCUGAGGAGUUACCAACAGCAGCAAGAAGAAAUGAGGCACCUUCAACAGGAGCUCGAGAGAACGCGGAGACAGCUCGUGCAACAGGCCAAGAAGCUGAAGGAGUACGGGGCACUCGUGUCAGAAAUGAAAGAGCUCAGAGACUUGAACAGGAGGCUGCAGGAUGUACUGCUUCUAAGACUAGGUAGUGGACCUGCCAUUGAGCUUGAAAAAGUAAAACCAGAAUCAGUUGAACCUGAACCUGAGGUACAGAAGACCUUCAGUGAGGAAGCAAAUACAUCAACGUAUUAUCCUGCCCCUGUUCCAGUAAUGGACAAGUAUAUUCUCGAGAAUGGAAAGGUCCAUCUUGGCAGUGGAAUUUGGGUAGAUGAGGAGAAAUGGCACCAGCUGCAAGUAACACAAGGAGAUUCAAAGUAUACAAAAAAUCUAGCGGUUAUGAUUUGGGGAACAGAUGUUCUCAAGAACAGAAGUGUCACAGGAGUUGCAACCAAAAAAAAGAAAGAUGCCGUUCCCAAGCCACCUCUCUCACCUCACAAAUUAAGCAUUGUCAGAGAAUGUUUGUAUGAUAGAAUAGCACAAGAAACUGUGGAUGAAACUGAAAUUGCACAGAGACUCUCCAAAGUCAACAAGUACAUCUGUGAAAAAAUCAUGGAUAUCAAUAAAUCAUGUAAAAAUGAAGAAAGGAGGGAAAGUGCAAAGUACAAUUUGCAAUAAAUUUUGGAUUUUUCAUAAAGUCUUAGUGUUUUA